AUGGCGGUGGUGGGCGGCGCGAUGGUGCGCGCGGGGCGCGUGGUGUUCGAGGGGUCCGUCAUGCUGGGCUCGCUCGCCGCGCUCUUUGCCACCGGCUGGUGGUUCCUCGUCGCGCGCCUCUACAAGGACUACGAGGAGCAGUACCUGGCAGUGGAGGUGCUGUUCGCGGCAGUCUUCGCGCUCUCCUGCAAUCUGCUGCAGCUCGUGCUCUUCGAGAUCCUGCCCGUGCUCGGCACCAGUGCGCGGCUGUGGAACUGGCGCUUUGACCUCUCGCUGCUGCUCGCGCUGCUGCUCAUCGUGCUGCCCUGCUACCACUCCUUCCUCGUCCUCGCCAACACCGGCAUGAGGAGGGAGCGUGCAGCAGCGGGGGCGGUGGUGUUUCUGGGAGGCUUCCUCUACCUCUUCUGGCGCAUGGGCAUCUCCUUCCCCAUGCCCACGCCCGACAAAGGUCUCUUCACAGUGGCGCAGAUGGUGAGCCGAGUGGGGGUGAUAGGAGUGACGCUCAUGGCUGUGCUGUCAGGCUACGGGGCGGUCAACCUGCCCUACACCUACCUCUCGCUCUUCAUCAGGGAGAUAGAGGAGGCGGAGAUAGGCACGUUGGAGCGGCGGCUGAGGCACGGGAUGGAGAUGCUGGUGGGGAAGAAGAAGCGAUCCCUUCUCAUGCGCAUGCACCUCGACCACACCCACCCGCACCUCAUGCAAGAGCUGCAUGGGAAUGCACGGGGGGCGUCUGUGCUGCGUCGAUUCGUGGGGCUGCUGAUGCGCGCCCCCAGGGAGGAGGAGAGGGACGAAGAAAGCAUGCGGUUAAAAGGGUACCCCCCGCUGCUGCUGGAGCUGCACGCCACAGAGGCGGAGAUCAAGGCCCUUGAAGCGCUCACCCGCUCUCUCUUCCUCGACAUCUGCACCCUCCGUGAAGAGAAGGCAGCGAUGGCGUAUUCGCGCACGUGGAAGGGGCAUGUGAAGAACAUCUUUGGCUACAUUGGCUCCGCUUACUGUAUUGCCAAGAUGUACACGUCCACGUGCACUAUCAUCACCAAGGAGGUCGGCAUGGGCGACCCUGUGACCAGGGCGCUGGGCUUCAUUCUCAAGUUCUUCCACAUCAGCCUCAACGUGCCACUGGUCUCGCAGUACGUCUCGCUGGUGUUCAUAGGCAUCCUUAUCACUGUCUCCAUUAGAGGCUUCCUCACUAACCUCACCAAGUUCCUCUCAGCAGUGUCAGGCGGCGCCAGUGGGGCGUCAAGCAACGCAGUGCUCUUCCUGGCGGAGAUCAUGGGCACCUACUUCGUCUCAUCCAUCCUCCUUAUAAGAAAUAGCCUCGCGCUGCAAUACAG